UACAAAUCACUCAUAGGAAACCCGCCUCUCUCUCUGAAUGCCAUUAAAUGAACCUUUAUUUGCUUAACUUAUCGUAUUACUUCCGUUUAUGACUAGUAGCUCCGUCAAGAACCAUUGUUUUUGUUACGCUAUUGUAGUUUGAAUUUCCACCUUUUGAUUGGCAUUCAAACGCCUGUGAGGUCAAGGACAUUUUUGGGCUAGCGGAGUAGAACACCACCGCCACAGCCGCUGUGGUCAAUCCGAGCCAAAUGGCACAUAAAUAAUAAUGUCACUGUAGUAGCAUGUUAACACCUUGCAAGCACAGCUUUAGUAGUGCUUAGCACAGUGAUUUUCAACCUUUUUUGAGCCACGGCACAUUUUGUUUACAUUGGAAAAAUCUUGUGGCACAGCACUAACCAAAAAUGUUACAAAAUGUCACCACAACCUCACACUUGCAUCAAAAAGUCUAUGGGAGGAACAAGGUAGGUGUUGCCACACGCACCAAUAUUACAUUGCUCUGCCAGCCUUUACCACAGACUCGACAGUAGACACAUUUUUACAUGACGACUUUUUCUCUUUCCGAAUGACCUUUCGGGAAACAAUGGUAUCCAUGGAAAGGAAUAUUCCAAUCUCUUGUCUACAUGCGCCGCUAUAAUCAACCAGAAUAGUCAAUAGGGCAUGCGCAGUAAAACGUAAACAUCAACAUCACGUGGUACCGACUUCCCCGAGUUUUUCUUUCACUUGUUGGAAUAACUCCGUAUUGUCAGUUUUUCGUUUGUCCAGUCUUGAAAUUUAGUUUGAAUCAAAAACAAACUUUGCUUAGUCCAGUGCCGAUUGCUGGCCUCCAUUUUUAAAACUGAAGAACGUCUGGAGCUGCGUGUUACGUCAUAUCUGAGCAUGCGCUGAAAGAACACACCCGGGAUAAAUUUUAACAGGAAAAGAUCAAAUUCAAUCUUGCUAAUAUUUUAUAAUUAAGCGCGGGACAUGUUUUAUAUAGAUAUAUAUUUUCUUUAAUAAAACUGGACUUGUCAAUAAAGUAUAGAAGGGUUUAGAUUCUGUUCCACAAAUGGCGGUAAUGCAUAUGAAAGCUUUCCGUUUGAGCGGGUACAAGAUACCUUAAUCGGAUUGGUUAAAGGAAUAUUCCAUCCCUGUUCAAUUCUUUCCGUUUGAGCAAAUAAACCAAAUGCAAUUGGAAUAUUUGGGUCCAUGUAUACUAUUGACAUAAUGUUUGCAAAUGAUGAUUAAAAAAAAGUGAUAUUGGAUAAUUCCUCAUGACACACCUGACGGUUUCUCAAGGUACACUAGUGUGCCGCGGCACAGUGGUUGAAAAUCACUGGCUUAGCAUGUUGUCUCAAUUGUGACCAGAAAAGGCUAACCUGAACUCUGAUGAUCAUGAUACAGAAAAUAAAUGAAUCACACAUAAAUAAACAAACUUGCUAAUUUUACAGAUAAAUCAUGAUAAAAUGUGCAUGCGUGUUUGUUUUUUUCACCUGUCUCUACCAAACACGCCGGUUAAGGGGGACCUAUUAUGCUUUUUCCACUUUUCUAAUUUUUGGUUAAGCCAUCAAUGAUGUUAUGGCUGUUAUUAUAAUUUUAUUACAUUCAGGUUCAUUAGUGGAUUUAUGAAAAAAAACUCGGUCAAUUAAUUAUUAUUUUUUCAAAUACAAAUACUUUUCCGACCUCAACAAAUACAGGCUGCAUUUCACAGCCCUAGUAGUUAGAAUGUUGUAUUCUCGUGUUAAGCGAUGCCAAAGUUUCCAAUACUGAAGUAUGUGCAUUUGCAAGUGAGUCCGGAAAGAAGUUUGGGAUGGCUCACAAUACGCUCGAUUUCAAAAGGUGUGGUAAAACCGUUCCUUUGUGAUGUCACAGAGGGGUGGACUUCCUUGUAUGGUUCAUAGUUAGGAAGCUUUUUGGGUGUGUGGCCAGUCGUGACCAGGCGGGCCGUGGUUGGAAUAAAUUAAAACAGACCAUUUUGACAGGAAGCACAAAUCAAAGGCAAUAUAGCUGGAAUAGGUGCAGAUUUUGCAAAAUCUAGAAAGUUUUCUGUACGGGAUAUUGUGUAUAGCUGCUCUACAGGAGUCCACAACUCAAUACAAAGGGAAUAUACAACCAUCCUGUCCACUUGACCUACUGCUGCUCAAGGUGCAGUGGAGCCUUGUCCCAACAGCAAAGCUGACUUAGGCGUGAGAUUGGCAAAGUAAAUAUAAACAAAACGACACAAAUUGGUACGUUAAAGUGGACCUAUUAUGCUUUACCACUUUUCUGACUUAUAAAUGUAGUUCCAAUGUUGUAUUCUUGUGUUAAACCAUGCCUAAGCAUCAGAUAAAGAGGUUUGGCACUUGUAAGUGAGCCCUGAGAGAAGGUUAGGAUGGCUCUGCAUGCUCUGUUUUACUGAAUGUUUUUUGUAACACUGAGUUCUACUGAUCCAGACUAUAUGGGCAUGCCCAGACACGUCAGAUACAGUGGAGGAGGGCCGGGGGUGGUAAUGGAACUCCAUGGAAACACGAGAGGUGCAGAAUCUGGAAGAUCUCGAAAGCUUUCUGUGCGGGUUAUUGAGUGUAGCUGCUCUAUAGGAGUCUACAACUCAAUAUUGAGGCCCAAAAAUGAGCAUAAUAGGUCCACUUUAAGGAAAAAUACCCUAUGUUCAUAUUUAUUCAACUGCAAUUUUGUUUACAGAUACUUGUGUGUUUUUGAUGUAUUAUUGUUUAUUUUCCAAUAAUGGAGGAAAUUACUAGUGCUAUACAUACAACUCAUAUCCCAAUAUAUUUAGGUUGAAUAUCUAUAUGCUAUAUGAUAUAUAUCCCAAUAUUUUUUAGAGUUUAGACAAAAUUAAAGCCAAAUGUGAGUGUCCCCUUGUUUUAUUAAAAUAAAUACUUAACACAAGGAUUUAUUUUAUAUUUUAAAGCUUCAUACACGAUACACAUUUUUAAAAAAAUAGCAUUUAAGAAUAGUCGCUACAAUAAUUUUUUCUAAAUAAAUAUAGAUAGAUAGGGUCAAAUAUGUUUUUUUACAAAGCUUUAGCUAUGCUCAAAUCCAAGAAGAAAAUAUGAAGGAGUGCCUGUUUGAAGAGGACAUUUUAAAAUGUUAACAACUCAAAUAUACUUUAAACUAAAUAGUAGUAUUUUUAAAUAAACUUUUCCAGAAGACACAAGCAUGUCCUUAUUUUGUUGCGGAAAUACCAACGUGUCGACUGCAUCAGGCUAACUUCCUUGUACAUUUGUGCUAGAGCUUGUGCUAAAUAAUUGUGACUUCAAAACCUCGCUGGACAUAGCGAGUACAUCCUUUUCAGCAGGUUUUUAUAGCGUUUUGUCCACUGCUGCAAUGGGGACCAUAUACUGAAUUAGCAAUGUUUCAUGGGGAACGCAAUAGGAGCGCGGCAGACAUCACACACAUUCCUCAUAUUGGAGUUUAUGCCAGGUUUUAAGGUGCUGAAAGUGCCUCCAUAUUAGCGAAUUACUGCAUAUUCCUUGCCGAGUUCUUCCACCGCAGAAAUGCUAGCCUGUUAGCUUCUACUGAGCCUCUGGGUAAGUGAGAUACAGUUCAAAUCCAGUCUAUAUCGAUAUCAACAAUAUGGUAUUGUGCACAGUAUAUCAUGGCUGUUUUUAUUUAUCAUGCAGUUCAUUGAUUUAUUGAUCCUGAUAGACGUACGAACCGCUAAGUGAGCUCUAAUGUUAAGUGAAAAUAAGAUUGGUGUGUACACUAAAUAUUCACACACAAUCUGGACAUUUUCACUGUGCUGUACUCGCUUGUGUUGUGCAACCACACCUAUAAUACUAUAUAGGCUGUAACACACUGACUACUAUAAAGUGGAUUUUCUGUAGUAUUGUCACAACAAAACCAUGAAGGGGUUGUGCUGACUGUAUUUACAUACAUACAGUGUGCGUUUCUGUGUCUUUCAGUCAGCAAAGGAAGGCAGACUGCUCCUCAGACCAGACCAGGACACAAGCCGUCCCUGCAUCACCAGAGGCCAUGCGAAAUGAUCACACGUAUUGCCAGGCGUUCUGCACUUGCAGAUUCAGGAAAAAGCGGAGAUGCAGGACCUUUAAGGACAUCAUUGACAAGUUCAUACGUGAAAGUAACGAGGCAGCUUUGUUCCACACAGGCAUUUCAGUGGAAAACUUCCACAUCCUGGUGGACACUCUGCAGCCGUAUGACAACGGCGCCUUCACUAUGUGCGUGCAAGCUCAAGUUCUCAUGACAUUGAUGAUGUUUAAGUCCAACCGUCCUUUAGCCGAACUCAGCACUUUCUUCAAAACGUCCGAGUCGACAGCUAGCCAGAUCAUCUUAUUUUGGAUCGACUUCCUUGAGGUGGUUCUGCGGCCUGCUGUUCCGUGGCUUCCCAAAAAAGCCAUUCAAGCGACAAUGCCUGCCGAGUUUAAGAAGAACUUUCCAAAUACUACAUGCUUUCUCGGCUAUAGUGAAAGCGUUCUGCAUAAGCCCCGAAACCUGGACAGCCAAGCACGUUCACCCAGCACGGUGAAGUACCUGCUGGCUGUGGCCCCGUGCGGUCUGAUAACGUUCAUCUCCUCCGUCUACGCCGAGCGAUGCGACGAGAAGGACAUGACGGCCAACUCAGGAAUACUAGACCUCUUAACACCAGGAGACGAGGUCAUGACUCACGAAGGUUUGAGGAUUAAGGACUUGCUGUUCGAGAGACAUGUCAACUUGGUGGUAUCGUCCUUGAGCAAAGAUGGCGGGCGACCAGCUGAGGAGAAGCCCCAGAGCUCCGAACAAAUUGCACAUGUGGAAAGUCAUGUGAUCGAAGCCAUUCAAUAUUUGAACACUUACAAAAUACUUUCGCAGGGAGUUUCUACCACUUUGGCACCUCAAAUCAACAAAAUCCUCCGAAUCUGUGCAGCUCUGACCAAUUUGAGGGUUCAGCUUUUAAACUAAUGUAGCUUUUUGUCAGAGGAAUCCUAUGUAAAUAUACACUAUUUACAUGGCUAAUGACUACAUUUUAUUGACUUAUGCCAGGGGUGUCCAAACUUUUUUCCAUGUGGGGGGGGGGCACAUCCUGAAAACUAAAACGCUGCAACAUUGCCACCUUGAAAUUAUGCAUCCCUGCUUCUUGUUACUAUCAACUCCACUCUUUUUGGUUUCUCAUAAGGUAUUUUUUCUUUAACACUAAACUACUAAAAUGACAUCAUUUUCCUCAUAAUGUUAUCAUAAGGUUAUUCUUGACUGACUUUUUUUUCUUUUCAUAUUUUGACUUAACGUUCGUUACAUUACAGCUUUUUUUUUUUUUUUUAAACAUUUUCCAGCUAUUUCACCGUCUUGUACAUUUUCUUCUAACUUUAUUCCCAAUAAUGUUUUGACCUCAUUUUUCUCCAACGGAAUUUUACAGUUUUAUUCAUUUUUUUUAUUUGUAUUACAACUUACUCUAAUAUUUCAACUUUAUGCUACUAAAAUGACAUUUGUAUUAAUAUCAUGACUUGUGAAAUCACAGCUUUUUCCUCAUUACACGACAACUUUUGACUUAUUCUAAAAUUACUGCAGAUUUUAAAUUUUUUGCUGCUGCUGCUGCUGUUGUGUAGUAUUCUUGUUGAAUGCCACAGGCCGCAAAUGGCCCCUGGGCUGCACUUUGGACACUCCUGGCUCAUGCUGUGGAAGUUGUUGGUACAACACGAGGAAAGAGAUGUUCUGAAUUUCUUUGCACCUUAGCUUUCUUAUUUAUGACACCGCUGCUUGCCUCUUUGACACAUUGAAUAUGUACUUCAUGUAUUUAACAUUUUGUACAUUUGUAUUAAGAAUAUUCUGGGAACACAUGUUUGUACAUGUUUCUCUUUUUAGAUGAUUGAGUAUUAAUAAAAGGACCUGAACGGAACUGCGACACUGUCAUUCCCACAGUGACGGAUAAUAUAGAUAGUAUACCUUCUGAAGGGUGGGCGUCGGUGCGUACAUGUUUUGGAGACAGGGGCGCGGCGUAGGGCGGCGACACCCCGGCGAGGCUUCGUUUGCCAACCCGAGCCAGCGAAGGUGUGUCCGGCAUCUCCUCUUUUACUAGAAUAGAAUACCACAACUGUUAAGGUUAUAACACACAAGACUAUGAAAUGAAAUGAAUUGCUUGUGCGUGACUUAUUAGUCAUGUUCAUUCAUUCAUUUUCUACCGCUUUUC